UUAUUAUUAGAAGUAUUUCUUGUUUGCCAAUAAGCUAAGAUUUUACUUCAAGUCCUUAUAAUAACUGUUUUACAGUCAAUCUUAUCAAAUCUUAUAGUACAUUUUUUGAGACUUAAUACAGCUAUGAAAUUCCAUAUUUUAUCAAUAUUUUUUGUUAUGUGCAUUCCAAUAUACUUGGAAGUGUGUUUCUGUGUCAUAAUAAAAUCUCUUGAAAGUUCUUCAGAUGAUGAUAGUGUUAGUUUUAUUGGUAAUGAAUGCGUUAUUUGUGACAAUGAAAUUAAAAAGGAAGCGUAUUUUUUACGUUACUGUCAACAUUUCGCAUGUAAACUAUGUUUAGACGAUUGGUUAAAAAACAAAAUAUCAUGUCCGAGCUGCGGGACUCUAAUCAUUGACAAAACUAAGAAUUGUACAGGAUUCAUCCACAUCAUAUUGCCUAGUCAAGGUAAUACAAUUAAUAAUUUCAUAUACUUUUAAAUUUGAAUACUUUUAGCGAUAUAAAAUAAAAGACAAAUGUACUAUAUUUAGGUGUAGGUGAUGAUGGUGAUGUUUUAAAUAAUGA